UGGGGAGCGCACAAAGAAUCUUGGUAGGUCGUCAUUGCAGUCAUAGUUCAUUCACCAAUGUCACCCUUGUCUUACUCUGCAGUAUAUCGCAUGAAUCCUUGUUCGUUCUAUGAGCCACCUGAUACCAAUGCCUCAUCGCAGGGGCCUGCAACGACCUCUGAUUCUGCUCCUCCUGCUUUCUCCCACUCUGGUUCUGGCUGUAUCCCACCUACUAGUAGUCCACGUCGUCCUUUGCCUGGGCCUAAGUUAGCAAGGGCGAAGCAAGCCAACGAUUUGCACCCUCCUGCACCUCCUUUCUCUCCACCGCAUUUUGGGAAGAACCCUUCUCCUUUCCCUAUCAGCCCGUCUCUUAUCGCUACCACUGAAACACGGGAAUCUAGUGAAGCUGGUAGUGCUGCUCAGUUCUUUGAUGAAGUUGCCGAGAUCCCACAGGCCCACUCCUAUAUGGAUGCUGAGGCGCAAGUCCCUUCUCCACAUCCUGAGGACGAUGUCCUCUAUCGUACUUAUGCCAAUCACGAUUUUGCUUCCCUUGGCUUACCUCCCGAGCUCGCCAGUAUCAACUUGCGAGCAAUAGAGGAUGCACUAUCCCCUAUGCUUACUCCGCCCGCCUUCUCUAAACGGAUAUUUCUCAACACAUCUGGUGACCUCCCUGCGAUUGCGACGUUACCACGCUUGCCUAGCACGAUCGCUGUUAGGCUCAGUGAAGUACAAUUAAUGGAUCGAUCCCGCCAAUAUUUCAACCGCUUACUUAUUAACUGGGCAAAUCUGAGCACAGUGGCUACGGAUCUACGCACCACUGCGCACAACUUCGAAGCUGUUCGCAGGCGCUGGUACGAGUUGCAGGUUGCCAAAGUUCAGAAUCGGAGGUCUGGGGAGGGUGUUACGAAGCCAGGGGUUGAAGAAAGGAGCACCCAUGUUCGCAAUCACUCAUAGACUAUGUUCCAUUGAACUAUGAUUUUAUGUUCUGCGUAAGUUUAAGGCACGAAAAUGUAUGUAAAAGACAGUAUCUAUGGUGUCUAAAUCUUUUCAUGACUCCGAGUCAUAUUUCUUCCUUCCUAUCACAUUUUGCAAGGGCAAUUCUACUCGACUGCACUCUUGUUUCGUCGUACCUGCUCUGAGUCAUUGCCCUUAUUCACGAAACUUGAAAGUCAUACAUCCAUUAAGAUAAGAGCUGCCUAGAAGGUGGUCAUUAUUUCAGUGAUAAGCUGAUUGC